UUUUUAUUCCUUGUUUAGCGCAUUCAAUUUCGCAGUUUUUACAGCGCUCUUUCUUUUGUUCAGGCCAGUAAUAAACUUUAAUUUUAAUUGAUCCCCAACUUUGUAUAGGAAUAUUGCCCUCAUCGGUUACUAGAACGGUUAAUUCAUAUUGCCGGAAGUAACAAAAACGCGUUCCUUCUUCAUUGCAAAAAUUAUUUCUACAGUAACGCGGGCUUCCUGUUGUCUUUCCUACACCAAUACACUCAUAAUUUCCAUUUAAAUUAUCUAUGUGGGCAAUGUUUAAUUCCUUAAUUAAGUGUUUGGUUCCAUCGAAAAGCUGAAUUUGGUUUGCUUCUAUUAUUUCGGGCAUCCCACAUUUUUCAUUCGGUUCCAAGGAACAAAAUUUAAUUUUUUCUUUUUCUAAAAUUUUUCUUACUUCUUUAUCUUCUAUUGUGGAAUUUGAUGAUUUUGGUCCUUUAUAAAAGCUACAAUUUGGGGUCCAAUUAGAACAUUUACAUUUAUCGCCACAAAAUAAUUUUUUAUCCGAUGCGACUCUAAUGGCUCCGUUUUCGCAUGUUAUAUAUUUCCAACAAAGUGUUCCCUUUUCACCUUUGUAUACCCCAAAAGCAUUUUGUACACACGUGUCUAUGUCCAUUAAUUUUGUGUUUUCAUUGCUUUUGCAGGGUCUCGCGUGUGCUAGCGGCCAAAAAAUAAGUGAGGCGAUUAGAGAAAUGUUUAGCAAUGUUUUUAUUUUUAUUUCUUUUGCAGCUGGCUUUUUGUAAGAUCUGAGUUUUGCUCUAUAUUCUUCUGUUUUCUCUUCAUUUUUAUCAAUUUUAGUGGAUUUUUCUGUUUUUGGCUUUUCUUCAGUUUCUGCGCGAAUUUCUAAUGGGUAAAGAAGUGGUAUUGCUCUAGUUAGCGUUUUUCCUUUUGAGAGAAUUUUGGCUACUCUCUUUUCUCCAUCUCUCCCUUGUAUUAGUUUAACCACUCUACCCAUUUUCCAUUGAUUCCUAGGGAGGUUUUUGUCGCCAAUCAACACUAUAUCUCCCUCAUUUGGUUCAUAGUUUGUGUAUUUCUUUUGUUUAUGUUUGUCUAUUCGUUCUUUGAGCGAUUGCAAGUAUUCAGUGGACCACCUUUCCCAGAAUUUUUCAACUCUUGUUUGAAGUGUUCCCCAAAUAUUUACUAAUUUCUCAUGUGUUUUUUCCUUUUCCUUAAAUUCAAGGUCAUUUUCAUUUUCGGGUAUUAAGCGUAAAAAUUCGUUUUUGUUUCUAUUUGGUUGCAUAAAGUCUAUAGGGCACAAAGGAUUAAGUGAUUCCAUGUCCGAGCAAACAUAAGUUAAUGGCCUAGAAUUGAUUAUCGAUUUUACUUGAAUUAUUAGUGUUCGCAUGUCUUCAAUUUCUAGGUAUUUUUUCCCUGUAACCAAUUUAAUGUGUUUUUUAGUUAAUCCCACUAGGCGCUCAUAAGUUCCACCAAACCAUGGUGAAAGCUCAGGAAUGAACUUCCACUCUAGUUUUUCUCUCUCAAAACUUUUUUGAAUUUCUAUGACAGCCUUAGAACUCAUUUUGAAUUGGGUUCCGUUAUCACUGAUUAAUUUCCGUGGUAAUCCAUACUCUGCUGUAAAUCUAGUGAAAAUUUGUAGGAAAGAAGAGGCAGUUAGAUCCUUAGCUAUAUCUAAGUGUAUCCCUCUACAUGUAAGGCAAGUAAAUAAACAAAUCCAUAUUUUUAAAGCUUCAUCCCCAUUUUUAACAUAAAGAGGUCCCAUAUAGUCAACACCUGUGCGUUCGAAAACUUGAAACCUAUUUAUUCUGUCAUCCGGAAGAGGUGCCAUUUUGGGAAAUUUAUAUGGUUUUAAAUUGUACAUAAAACAUUUUUGGCAUUUUUUAAUUACAUUUUUAACCAAAAUUCGAGCUUUGG